AUGUCUUCGGAUCCUGCUGCCAACCUCAGCGCCCUGCUGCAUGCAGCUUCCAUUGAAGACCACGAAGAAGUCCUCAAGGCCGCUAAUGCUUCUUUGAAAGCCUCCAAGACGAACAUCGUUGCCCAACGUACCCGCGUUGUUGCCCUCCUUAAGCUCGACCGCUUCGACGACGCCCUCCGUGCGAUUGCCGAUGGCGGCGCCAAACUCGAGGACGCCAGCCUUUUGGAAAAGGCCUAUGCGCUUUACAAGAUGGGUAAGCUGAGAGAGGCUCGCGAGGUUGCCAACUCCAAGCCCCAGCGGAGUUUCCGCCAUCUUGUCGCCCAGGUGGCCUACCGCGCCGAAGAUUUCAAGGAGGCGCUCGAGGCCUACAGCAGUCUGAUGGAGGACCAACAAGGAGAGGAGAGCGAUCUCAAGAUCAAUCAGUUGGCUUCCGCCGCUCAGCUGGAUUGGAAGUUUCCCAACAACCUCGAAGGCGAUGACUCACCCAUUCCGACUGUCGAAGACGCCGACACCUUUGAGCUUGCCUACAACAUUGCCUGUGGCAUGAUUGCUCGCGGCGAGCUGUCCAAGGCUACGGAACUGCUCCAGACAGCCCUGCGGCUCUGCGACGAAUCCGAAGAGCUCUCCGAGGAUGACAAGAAAGCCGAGAUGACUCCCAUCAUGGUCCAGCAGGUAUAUGUCUACACUAGAUUAGGCAAGGCCGAGGAAGCUCUCGCGAUCCAGAAGCGCCUAUCCAUUUCAGAUGAUUCGGAUGCCGAGUCUCGACUGAUUGCGCUGAAUAACAUAUCGGCUCUCACGACUGAGGUGGACAACCCGUAUCUUGCUCAGCGCAAGUUCGACACCUCAGCAACCCUUAGCAAACAGGCGAAACUAUUCAAGUACCAAGAAAGCCAGUUGGAGCGGAACAAGUACGUUCUUGGCCUGCAAGCUCAAAAAUUUGACGGUGUGUACGAGAAGUCGUCAAAAGCACUUGCGGAGGCCUCGCCAACGGUGUCUGUCGACACCAACAGCCUUUCAGCCAUCAAUGCCACGGCCUAUGCCCUCCGUCGUUCCAAAACAGUUGAUGUGAAAGAGGUUCUCACCUUGAUCGAGAAGCGCCCCACGGAUGUCGGCCUACUCCUCACAAUAACACAGCUCUACCUCGCAGCAAACAACCCCGGUGCCGCGCUAUCCAUCCUUGAGCGCUUCUUGCAGAACCUGGAGAAACAGGGCCCAUCAGAACUGCGCUUUUCUCCGGGACUGGUCGCCUUGACUGUCUCUCUUUACAGACAGCAGGGCCGUCACGGCAGCAUAAGAUCGGAGUUGGCAAAGGCAUCGUCAUUCUGGGAGAAGCGCGACGGCCGCCACGUCGAUUCCCUCCUACGCGGCGCCGGUUCGGAACUCCUCAAGUCAUCUGAACCCACCGACCUAGCUGCCGCCGGCGCUGCGUUUGAGAAGCUCUGCCAAAAGCCCAGCGCGGAUCAAGUUGCCGCCGCUGGCCUCGUGGCAUCCUUCGCCACGUCGGACAGAGCAAAGGUCACCCCCCACCUCGCUGGCCUGCCCCACAUCGACGACCUCCUCCAAGGCGUCAAUGUCGACCAGCUAGUCAGCGGCGGCGUCACCACCAUCGAGACUCCGGCCAGCCAGGCCAAGAAGCGCCGACUUGACCAGCCCGCCGAUACAGGCAACAAGAAGAAGAGGAGAAGAAAGCUGCCCAAGGACUACGUCGAGGGCAAGAGGAUGGAUCCGGAGCGCUGGUUGCCCCUCCGCGACCGAUCCUACUACCGGCCCAAGGGUAAGAAGGGCAAGAAGAAGGCUCAGGAGGCCACCCAAGGUGGCUUCGUCAAGGAGGAAGAGACUUUGGAGUUGGCGGGUGGCGCGGGAUCUGUCAAAGUCGAAAAGGCACCGACGACAACAUCGAAUAAGAAGAAGAAGAAGGGCAAGAAAUGA